GGAGCUGCUGCAUAACAAUAUCUGGCAUUUACACUACGAGGCCUCUGCUCCAGACACCGUUCUGAGGCUUGACCCGUCCCUAAGAACCUAGGACAACCCUGGGCGGUGGGUUUUAUCCUUAACUCCAUUAUACAGGCCAGAGAACUGAGCGAGGGUGGAGACGUUCCGCUGGGAAGAAGCCACCUGGCUCCCCACCGGCCCUCAGGUCAAAAACAAUUCCAAAAAUCCGGGCGGGCGGUGGGCCAGAGAGAGUUGGGGCUCUGCCCCCAGCAUCCACUCGGCGCAGGCGACUCGGCAACUGGGCGGAAGGCCGGCGGCGGCGGAGUGCGCAAGCGCGCCUCGAUGGCCGCGCUCCCGAACGCCUAGAGCGGGAGCGGCCCGCGGAGCCGCGAAGGCAGCCAUGGUCGGGGCGCUGUGCGGCUGCUGGUUCCGCCUGGGCGGGGCCCGCCCGCUCCUCCCGCUUGGCCCGACUGUGGUACAGACCUCCGUGAGCCGGUCCCAGGUAGCCCUGCUGGGCCUGGGUCUGCUGCUCAUGCUUCUACUGUAUGUGGGGCUGCCGGGCCCCCUCAAGCAGACUUCUUGGCUCUGGGGAGACCCCAAUGUCACAGUCCUGGCUGGUCUCACCCCUGGCAACUCCCCCAUCUUUUACCGUGAGGUGCUCCCACUCAACCGGGCACGCAGGGUGCAGGUGGUGCUGCUUCAUGGAAAGGCCUUUAACUCGAACACGUGGGAGCAGCUGGGCACACUGCAGCUGCUGUCGCAGAGGGGCUACCGGGCCGUGGCCCUUGACCUUCCAGGUUUUGGGAACUCAGCACCUUCGAAGGAGGCAAGCACAGAGGCAGGUCGGGCAGAGCUGCUGGCACAAGCACUGCGGGACCUGGAGGUACAGAAUGCCGUGUUGGUGAGCCCCUCGCUGAGUGGCCGCUAUGCCCUGCCCUUCCUGAUGCGAGGCCACCACCAGCUACAUGGAUUCGUGCCCAUCGCACCCACCUCCACCCAGAACUACACCCAGGAGCAAUUCUGGGCUGUGAAGACUCCAACCCUUAUCCUGUAUGGAGAGCUGGACUACAUCCUGGCUCGAGAGUCACUGCGGCAGCUCCGCCACCUGCCCAACCACUCUGUGGUGAAGCUACGCAAUGCAGGCCAUGCCUGUUACCUCCAUAAGCCGCAAGACUUCCACGUUGCCCUGCUUGCCUUUCUUGACCAUCUGCCUUGAGUUAACCCACUCCCUGGUCCCAGCCUGGCCUGAAUUUGGACAGUCUGGACUGCCGCCCUCGCCCAACCAGGGAGACAGCCCCUGGGAUUGGAGGCCAGAGGCCAGAGGGUCAGACCCAGCCAGGACUUCUCAUUUCAUCUCACAGACAUAAUAAAAGAGCAUAUUUGUCCUGCCUGGGAA